AUGGGCGUCACGCGCACAGUUAUUGUGGAUGGCAAUGGGGUACAGCCGAAGGCGGGCGACACCAUCACCGUCCACUGCACGGGAUUCCUCGCGGACGGCAUGAAAAAGUUCUGGUCAACGCUCGAUGACAACGAGCCGUUCUCCUUCAAGGUUGGCUGCGGACAGGUGAUCCGGGGAUGGGACGAGGGGAUGCUGCAAAUGUCAACCGGAGAGAAGGCGCGGCUCACCAUGUCUGGCGACUACGCAUACGGGGAUCGUGGGUUUCUCGCGUGGGGCAUUGGAAAGAACGCCUCGCUGGUGUUCGACAUUGAGCUUCUCAAAAUUAACUGA